GGAUAGGAGAGACACAGCGAGACAGAGACACAGCGAGACAGAGACACAGCGAGACAUAGACACAGGGAGACAGAGAGAGAGGCAGAGGGAGAGAGGCAGAGAGCAAGCGGAGGAGAGAAGAGAGAGAGACACAGAGAGAGGGGGUGAAAGAAAGCCAGCAACGACCCCCAACAAUAGCGAGGGAGCGAGCGAGAGAGACGACGACGAGGAGGAGGAGGCGGCGAGCUCAUCGCGACCGCGCCUUCGAAGACCUCGAGCAGAGCCGGUUGACUGCCCGCCCGAAGCCGCCACCACCACGAGCAGCAGCAGCAGCAGCUUCAGCGACACCACCAUGAACCCCAUGUAUGGCCCUAUGCCCCCAGGCUCCGGCUAUAUGGGGCCCAAGCUGGGCAUCGGCUCAUACCACGCGAGCUACUCUGCUGCAUUCCCUCCUGGAGCUCCCUCCUACCCCCAGGCCGUGUACGCAAGCAGCGGAGCCACCUACCCCACAGGCUUCAGCCCCGGGACCCCGUACAAGAUGCCCCCGCCGGCUAGCGGGGCCCCCCCUCCGUACACCCCGACCCCCAGCCACUACCAGCACCCCGGCAUGUACCCCGUGAGGGGGGGCACGUACCCCCCGCAGGGACUCUACGCACAGGGUUCAUACUUGGGUCAGCCCAUGCUCGGAACGCCUCCACCCCAUGUGAUCCAACAAACCACCCUGUCGUGCGGCGCCUACUUUGCCCAGCCCGUGUACGCCGCGGCUGCGGCGGCUGCGGCGGCGGCGUCCCAGCCGCACGUGAUCCACCACACAACGGUGGUGCAGCCCAGCAGCCUGCACCACCACCACCACACCACCAGCAGCGCGGCGGCGGCGGCGGCGGCGGCGGCGGCCGCGGCGCUCUACCCGCCCGCUCUGCCCGCGCCGCGGCCGCUGCCCGUGCUCACCGGGGCCGCCAUGGCCAUGACCGGUACACUGCUGGCCGCCCCUCCCCCCGGCACCGUGGGGGGCCCGGGCGUUGCCAUGCCAACGUACCGCCCACCCGGGCCCCCCACCUACGGGUACGCAGCCCCCCACUGGUGAUGCCCCCCCCCAUACCCCCUUUCCCCCCCACCCCGUCUCCACGGCAACACCGAAGGUACACAGGCCCCCCCCCAAAGCCGUGUGCCGUACGGGCCGCACAGGUCAAAGGUCAAGCCGUUCGUGUGGCAUAGCUACCCACUUAGAUCAAGACGCAUGCACAGACACGCAUAGACACACAGACACGCACAGACACAGACACGCAUAGACACACAGACACGCACAGACACAGGCACGCACAGACACAGACACGCAGUCAUGCACACGCACGUACAGAC